CCUCAGCGCAUCUCUGUCUCCCAUGCACCCGAUGUGCUUCCAGACAGUGUUACAAUGUUUCUCGCUACGUCACUCGACAUGUCAUCCGAUACAGUCGAUAAUCUAUGGUACAUUGUGAAGGAUCUCGUCUGGGAACUACCAAUGAGUGCUGAGACAAGCGCUGAGGAUGAAGUUGCGUUCAAGCUCCAUGGUCAUAAACUAGGACUUGUGGAACGCACGCUAUAUCCGCCAGUCAAGACUUGCACGAAUCCCGACUGCACCGCAUGGCAGCAUGGCACACUGCUGAAGAAAGAGGAACAGCGCCGGGUCGUUGUAUUUACUCAUAGCGAGGGUGCAAGGCCUGGCUGGACCGUGCAUGUGAAGUGUCGAGAAUGCAACACGAACUACCACUUCAACUACAGCGUCAAGGACCAACUCCGAACCUACUACAACGGUAUCCCGCAAUACAUUCAAGUCUCGGAUCACCAAUUUGUUGAGCUCAACCUUGCCAUGCAUUGGAUGGACCUCAUGCAGAUCGCUGUUUCAGCGACGAACUGUGGUCAUUUGUAUGGUAUUGCCCAGACACGUCGCACUCACGAUGAUGCCAACCACUGGCAAUUUGGGAGCGUGAUCACGAUGGAGCAAGUCUGGGACUGCUUUGUAAUACUCGCCCUACUCAACAACCAUCAACUACGAGGAGAACGCCUGGUAGUGCCGCAUGACGGCAACCAGAAAAAUCGCCUUACGGAGGCCAUG